GGCGAUGCUAUCAGAGUGACGUAUAAUGUAGUGGACGGGACGCUUCUUCAACAACAUCUCGUCAGCCACCUCGGUAGCUUCCUAGCGGAAACGUUCAAGCUGUUCAGACUGCUUCGGUCUAUAUUUACUUCUGUAUUUGGAACAUAAUUCUGUCUUUUAACUAGUUUCCCCAUUUCAUGUCAUAUUUCCGUUUAGUCAGGUAACGGUAGCUGGCUUGAUAAAUGAGCCUAUCACUAGGCUAGUCGCUAACUAGCUAGGUUAGCUGGCUAACAUCCCCGACCAUGAGCUCAGCAAGCUGCUGCCCUCCUGCUAAAAAAGAGGUCUGCUGGAAGGAGAAAGAAGGUAUUUGGCUGAACGUUGUCGUGAAAGAGGAGAAUGAAGAGGAGGAUGUCACAGUAAACGAAGAAGUAGAGGGUGAGGCUGUUACACAGAAAGAAGAGGAAGAAAACGAUUAUACUUUAUUUGGAGUGAAUGAAGGAGAGAUAACUGUCAUAUUGAAGGAGGAGGAGAGGGAAGAAGAGGAGGAGACAGAAGAUCUGAGUAACACCAGAGAGAGACCAGACUCUCCUUCUGACAGCAGGAAGAGUCCUUCAGGGAAACCAGACCCCGAGACGUCCAAACCAGCAGGACGACAUCACUGCUCCCAGUGUGGAAAGAGUUUUACUCAGUUAGGGAGCCUGAGAACACAUAAGAGAAUACACACUGGAGAGAAGCCUUACCACUGUUCCCAAUGUGGAAUGUCGUUUACCCAGUUAGGGAGCCUGCAAACGCAUGAGAGGGGACACACAGGGGAAAAGCUUUUCCAAUGUUCCCAUUGUGGAAAGAGUUUUGGCCAGGUAGGAAACCUGAACAAGCAUGAGAGGACACACACAGGUAAGAAGAUGUACCGCUGCUCCCAUUGUGGAGAGAGAUUUACCCGGUUAAGGUACCUGAAAGAGCAUGAAGGAAUACAUACAAAUACACAGGAGGAGAAGACAUACCACUGCUCUCAUUGUGGAAAGACCUUUUCCCAGUCAGAGAACCUGAAAACACACGAGAGAAUCGAGAGGCUGUGUUCUGACUUGUGUUUUUGACUGAGAAUGUGUGUGUUUGUUUGGGCUGUCAGACUUGAGUUCACUUUGUGUAAUGUUAGUGCACUAUUUUUAAUUGUGAUUAAUCCAUUGUCUGAAAGGGUUAAAAACACACUGAAAACAUCCAGAAUACAUCCUAUAUACAGCUACAAUCUACAAUGCCAUGUAAACACAAGAUGACAUUGAGGUUAAAUAAAGUGUGAUUUAUCAAUGGAACAUA